UUCCAUUUUCUAAAUUAGCCAAGCUCAGUCAGGGCAGAAGGCUGGCUGUCAGAGGGCAGAGAGUGAGCAUGUAUGUGUGUCUGUGUGUUGGUAUUAAUAAUCAUUUGAGAUUUUUAGUCAGGCACAGUUUCUGAAGGACACAUUGAUUACGGCUCAGACAGAGAAUUGGAGGACAGCCAUUCUAAUCCACCUGUAAGAGACAAAAGACAGUCACCUCCAUUGGAUAGGCCUCCCUCUGUUCCUCAAAUCAGCCAGCGCUUCUGCAUCUCCACAGAAGAUCAGGACAGCCCAGAAAGAGUUGUUCAGAAGGAGAAACUCCAUGCAGAACUAAAACAAGUUCUAAGUAAAAAAAGAAGCCACCUGAAACAGAGUCACUCAGAUCUUGCAAGCAUGGAUCCUUCAACGGAGAAGAGUGAGUCUGUGAAGCAGGAGAAGAGCCAUCUGUCAGAAUUAGUGGAGGUGGUGGUAGAGACAGAAGCUGAGGUAGGAGCCAGUGGAUACAGUGUGGUGGGUGGAGGGACAAAGGGGAUCUUUAUCAAAGAUGUCUUGAAAGACUCACCUGCAGCAAAACAUCUCAGCCUCCAGAAAGGAGAUCAGCUGCUGAGUGCCAGGGUGUAUUUUGAUAAUGUGAAAUAUGAAGAUGCUCUGAAGAUCCUCCAGUGUGCAGAACCUUAUAAAGUGGCAUUCUUCUUGAAGAGGACUGUGGCUCAAACUGAAGUCAGUGGUCAUCUAGAUGCACCAAAUGUUGAGCAAAGAGGACCUCAGGCUAAGAUGCAAAAAAUGAGUGUGAGAAGUGUCAAACAAUUCAAAGCCAAGAAGAAAAGAGGAGGAAGAUUUGGGUUGAAAAGACUAAAAGAGAAAAAGAGAACAAGAGUUGAAGCAGAAAUGGACAAUGAUGGAUCAUCAGGGAGAUUGGACUUUACUCCAGUUGAUGUGGAGUUUGCACUCCCAAAGUUUAAAUUGAAGAAACAUGGAAAAGUCACUGAAGAGAGAUCUGGACAUUUAGAAAGAAUGAAGCCCAAUGAUGAGAAGACAAGAAAGAUUAAAUUUCCAAAGGUUAAAAUAAAAUCUGCUCUAGAAGGUACAGAAAUCUCAACAACAAAAGCAGAAAUAGAGAUGCAUAAAGACAAAGGAAAAAGCCCAAAUUCACAAAUGAAAGAUAUUGAUGAAUGUGUGCAAAGAAAGAAAAUAAGCAUGCAAGCUGACAUAUCAGUACCAAAUCUAAAUCUAGACACAAAACAUAGACCUAGAGAGGAAGCUGAUAGAUCCAUGGCUAAAGGAGCAAAUGUGCCAUUUAUUAACGUUGAAAGCUCUGGUGUCAAAUGUGGGACAGUUACGUUGCCAUCUACUGAGAUUUCAUUACAAAAAAGUAAGGGUGAAAGAGAAUUUGGCCUAGAAAGACAUUCUGGAAAAGGAGGAAAGAUUGAAAUGCCUAAGCUUGACAUUUACAUGCCAAAGAUAAAAUCAUCCGAAGUUGAUAUUAACAUAAUUGGCCCAGAGGGUCAGAAGGGUGACAAUGUGCCAGAUAUUGACAUCUCACUGCCAAAAGGAAAAGUAAAAGGGGAUAUUGAUCUUAAAGAUGAAAACAGUAAAGGGGGGAAGUAUCAAAUUCCCAAGAGGAAGUUACCAGAGGCAAAUAUUAGUAUGGAAGGCCCUGAUGUGAAAACUGGGAAUGCUAGGAUGCGAUCCAUUGACAUGUCAUUACCAAAAGGGAUAGUUGAAGGAGAAAUUGACCUUGAAGGACUUUCUGGGGAAGCAGGAAAGAUUGACUUACCAAAGCUUGACAUUUCUUUGCCAAAAGGAGCACCACCCAAGGUUGACAUGAGUGUUAAGGUUCCUGAGAUCAAAGGGAAAAAGUAUAACAUGCCAGAUAUUGAUAUCUCUCUGCCAAAAGGAAAAGAAAAAGAAGGUACAGAUCUUGAAGAUGAGGAUGGAAAAGGGGGAAAGUUUCAAAUGCCCAAGGUUGAUCUCUCAUUACCAAGAAUGAAGUUACCAGAGGGGAAGAUUAAGGUGGAAGGCCCUGAUAUCAAAGUUGGGAAAGUUGACAUGCCAUCCAUUGACAUUUCAUUACCAAAAGGCAAAGUAGACAUGCCAUCCUUUGACAUUUCAUUACCAAAAGGAAAGGCUAAAGGAGACAUUGAAAUUGAAGGACAGUCUGGAAAAGGAGGAAAGAUUGACUUACCAAAGCUUGACAUUUCCUUGCCAAAAGUAAAACCGCCCGAGGUGGAUUUCAGUGUUGAGGGUCCAGAGAUCAAGGGUGGCAAGUUUCACAUGCCAGAUAUUGACAUCUCUCUGCCAAAAGGAAAAGUAAAAGGGGGUGUUGAUCUGGAAGGUGAGGCCGAUAAAGGAGGGCGGUUUCAAAUGCCCAAGGUUGAUCUCUCACUACCAAGAAUGAAGUUACCAGAGGGGAAGAUUAAGGUGGAAGGCCCUGAUAUCAAAGUCGGGAAAGUUGACAUGCCAUCCUUUGACAUUUCAUUACCAAAAGGAAAGGCUAAAGGAGACAUUGAAAUUGAAGGACAGUCUGGAAAAGGAGGAAAGAUUGACUUACCAAAGCUUGACAUUUCCUUGCCAAAAGUAAAACCGCCCGAGGUGGAUUUCAGUGUUGAGGGUCCAGAGAUCAAGGGUGGCAAGUUUCACAUGCCAGAUAUUGACAUCUCUCUGCCAAAAGGAAAAGUGAAAGGGGGUGUUGAUCUGGAAGGUGAGGCCGAUAAAGGAGGGCGGUUUCAAAUGCCCAAGGUUGAUCUCUCACUACCAAGAAUGAAGUUACCAGAGGGGAAGAUUAAGGUGGAAGGCCCUGAUAUCAAAGUCGGGAAAGUUGACAUGCCAUCCAUUGACAUUUCAUUACCAAAAGGCAAAGAAGACAUGCCAUCCUUUGACAUUUCAUUACCAAAAGGAAAGGCUAAAGGAGACAUUGAAAUUGAAGGACAGUCUGGAAAAGGAGGAAAGAUUGACUUACCAAAGCUUGACAUUUCCUUGCCAAAAGUAAAACCACCAGAGGUGGAUUUCAGUGUUGAGGGUCCAGAGAUCAAGGGUGGCAAGUUUCACAUGCCAGAUAUUGACAUCUCUCUGCCAAAAGGAAAAGUAAAAGGGGGUGUUGACCUGGAAGGUGAGGCCGAUAAAGGAGGGCGGUUUCAAAUGCCCAAGGUUGAUCUCUCACUACCAAGAAUGAAGUUACCAGAGGGGAAGAUUAAGGUGGAAGGCCCUGAUAUCAAAGUCGGGAAAGUUGACAUGCCAUCCAUUGACAUUUCAUUACCAAAAGGAAAGGCUAAAGGAGACAUUGAAAUUGAAGGACAGUCUGGAAAAGGAGGAAAGAUUGACUUACCAAAGCUUGACAUUUCCUUGCCAAAAGUAAAACCGCCCGAGGUGGAUUUCAGUGUUGAGGGUCCAGAGAUCAAGGGUGGCAAGUUUCACAUGCCAGAUAUUGACAUCUCGCUGCCAAAAGGAAAAGUGAAAGGGGGUGUUGAUCUGGAAGGUGAGGCCGAUAAAGGAGGGCGGUUUCAAAUGCCCAAGGUUGAUCUCUCACUACCAAGAAUGAAGUUACCAGAGGGGAAGAUUAAGGUGGAAGGCCCUGAUAUCAAAGUCGGGAAAGUUGACAUGCCAUCCAUUGACAUUUCAUUACCAAAAGGCAAAGUAGACAUGCCAUCCUUUGACAUUUCAUUACCAAAAGGAAAGGCUAAAGGAGACAUUGAAAUUGAAGGACAGUCUGGAAAAGGAGGAAAGAUUGACUUACCAAAGCUUGACAUUUCCUUGCCAAAAGUAAAACCACCAGAGGUGGAUUUCAGUGUUGAGGGUCCAGAGAUCAAGGGUGGCAAGUUUCACAUGCCAGAUAUUGACAUCUCUCUGCCAAAAGGAAAAGUAAAAGGGGGUGUUGACCUGGAAGGUGAGGCCGAUAAAGGAGGGCGGUUUCAAAUGCCCAAGGUUGAUCUCUCACUACCAAGAAUGAAGUUACCAGAGGGGAAGAUUAAGGUGGAAGGCCCUGAUAUCAAAGUCGGGAAAGUUGACAUGCCAUCCUUUGACAUUUCAUUGCCAAAAGGAAAGGCUAAAGGAGACAUUGAAAUUGAAGGACAGUCUGGAAAAGGAGGAAAUAUUGACUUACCAAAGCUUGACAUUUCCUUGCCAAAAGUAAAACCGCCCGAGGUGGAUAUCAGUGUUGAGGGUCCAGAGAUCAAGGGUGGCAAGUUUCACAUGCCAGAUAUUGAUAUCUCUCUGCCAAAAGGAAAAGUGAAAGGGGGUGUUGAUCUGGAAGGUGAGGCCAAUAAAGGAGGGAGGUUUCAAAUGCCCAAGGUUGAUCUCUCACUACCAAGAAUGAAGUUACCUGAGGGGAAGAUUAAGGUGGAAGGCCCUGAUAUCAAAGUCGGAAAAGUUGACAUGCCAUCCAUUGACAUUUCAUUACCAAAAGGCAAAGUAGACAUGCCAUCCUUUGACAUUUCAUUACCAAAAGGAAAGGCUAAAGGAGACAUUGAAAUUGAAGGACAGUCUGGAAAAGGAGGAAAGAUUGACUUACCAAAGCUUGACAUUUCCUUGCCAAAAGUAAAACCGCCCGAGGUGGAUUUCAGUGUUGAGGGUCCAGAGAUCAAGGGUGGCAAGUUUCACAUGCCAGAUAUUGACAUCUCUCUGCCAAAAGGAAAAUUGAAAGGGGGUGUUGAUCUGGAAGGUGAGGCCGAUAAAGGAGGGCGGUUUCAAAUGCCCAAGGUUGAUCUCUCACUACCAAGAAUGAAGUUACCAGAGGGGAAGAUUAAGGUGGAAGGCCCUGAUAUCAAAGUCAGGAAAGUUGACAUGCCAUCCUUUGACAUUUCAUUACCAAAAGGAAAGGUUAAAGGAAACAUUGAAAUUGAAGGACAGUCUGGAAAAGGAGGAAAGAUUGACUUACCAAAGCUUGACAUUUCCUUGCCAAAAGUAAAAACGCCCGAGGUGGAUAUCAGUGUUGAGGGUCCAGAGAUCAAGGGUGGCAAGUUUCACAUGCCAGAUAUUGACAUCUCUCUGCCAAAAGGAAAAGUGAAAGGGGGUGUUGAUCUGGAAGGUGAGGCCGAUAAAGGAGGGAGGUUUCAAAUGCCCAAGGUUGAUCUCUCACUACCAAGAAUGAAGUUACCAGAGGGGAAGAUUAAGGUGGAAGGCCCUGAUAUCAAAGUCGGGAAAGUUGACAUGCCAUCCAUUGACAUUUCAUUACCAAAAGGCAAAGUAGACAUGCCAUCCUUUGACAUUUCAUUACCAAAAGGAAAGGCUAAAGGAGACAUUGAAAUUGAAGGACAGUCUGGAAAAGGAGGAAAGAUUGACUUAUCAAAGCUUGACAUUUCCUUGCCAAAAGUAAAACCGCCCGAGGUGGAUUUCAGUGUUGAGGGUCCAGAGAUCAAGGGUGGCAAGUUUCACAUGCCAGAUAUUGACAUCUCUCUGCCAAAAGGAAAAGUAAAAGGGGGUGUUGAUCUGGAAGGUGAGGCCCAUAACGGAGGGCGGUUUCAAAUGCCCAAGGUUGAUCUCUCAUUACCAAGAAUGAAGUUACCAGAGGGGAAGAUUAAGGUGGAAGGCCCUGAUAUCAAAGUCGGGAAAGUUGACAUGCCAUCCAUUGACAUUUCAUUACCAAAAGGCAAAGUAGACAUGCCAUCCUUUGACAUUUCAUUACCAAAAGGAAAGGCUAAAGGAGACAUUGAAAUUGAAGGACAGUCUGGAAAAGGAGGAAAGAUUGACUUACCAAAGCUUGACAUUUCCUUGCCAAAAGUAAAACCGCCCGAGGUGGAUUUCAGUGUUGAGGGUCCAGAGAUCAAGGGUGGCAAGUUUCACAUGCCAGAUAUUGACAUCUCUCUGCCAAAAGGAAAAGUGAAAGGGGGUGUUGAUCUGGAAGGUGAGGCCGAUAAAGGAGGGAGGUUUCAAAUGCCCAAGGUUGAUCUCUCACUACCAAGAAUGAAGUUACCUGAGGGGAAGAUUAAGGUGGAAGGCCCUGAUAUCAAAGUCGGGAAAGUUGACAUGCCAUCCAUUGACAUUUCAUUACCAAAAGGCAAAGUAGACAUGCCAUCCUUUGACAUUUCAUUACCAAAAGGAAAGGCUAAAGGAGACAUUGAAAUUGAAGGACAGUCUGGAAAAGGAGGAAAGAUUGACUUACCAAAGCUUGACAUUUCCUUGCCAAAAGUAAAACCGCCCGAGGUGGAUUUCAGUGUUGAGGGUCCAGAGAUCAAGGGUGGCAAGUUUCACAUGCCAGAUAUUGACAUCUCUCUGCCAAAAGGAAAAUUGAAAGGGGGUGUUGAUCUGGAAGGUGAGGCCGAUAAAGGAGGGCGGUUUCAAAUGCCCAAGGUUGAUCUCUCACUACCAAGAAUGAAGUUACCAGAGGGGAAGAUUAAGGUGGAAGGCCCUGAUAUCAAAGUCAGGAAAGUUGACAUGCCAUCCUUUGACAUUUCAUUACCAAAAGGAAAGGUUAAAGGAGACAUUGAAAUUGAAGGACAGUCUGGAAAAGGAGGAAAGAUUGACUUACCAAAGCUUGACAUUUCCUUGCCAAAAGUAAAACCGCCCGAGGUGGAUAUCAGUGUUGAGGGUCCAGAGAUCAAGGGUGGCAAGUUUCACAUGCCAGAUAUUGACAUCUCUCUGCCAAAAGGAAAAGUGAAAGGGGGUGUUGAUCUGGAAGGUGAGGCCGAUAAAGGAGGGAGGUUUCAAAUGCCCAAGGUUGAUCUCUCACUACCAAGAAUGAAGUUACCUGAGGGGAAGAUUAAGGUGGAAGGCCCUGAUAUCAAAGUCGGGAAAGUUGACAUGCCAUCCUUUGACAUUUCAUUACCAAAAGGAAAGGCUAAAGGAGACAUUGAAAUUGAAGGACAGUCUGGAAAAGGAGGAAAGAUUGACGUACCAAAGCUUGACAUUUCCUUGCCAAAAGUAAAACUGCCCGAGGUGGAUUUCAGUGUUGAGGGUCGAGAGAUCAAGGGUGGCAAGUUUCACAUGCCAGAUAUUGACAUCUCUCUGCCAAAAGGAAAAGUAAAAGGGGGUGUUGAUCUGGAAGGUGAGGCCGAUAAAGGAGGGAGGUUUCAAAUGCCCAAGGUUGAUCUCUCACUACCAAGAAUGAAGUUACCUGAGGGGAAGAUUAAGGUGGAAGGCCCUGAUAUCAAAGUCGGGAAAGUUGACAUGCCAUCCUUUGACAUUUCAUUACCAAAAGGAAAGGCUAAAGGAGGCAUUGAAAUUGAAGGACAGUCUGGAAAAGGAGGAAAGAUUGACUUACCAAAGCUUGACAUUUCCUUGCCAAAAGUAAAACCGCCCGAGGUGGAUAUCAGUGUUGAGGGUCCAGAGAUCAAGGGUAGCAAGUUUCACAUGCCAGAUAUUGACAUCUCUCUGCCAAAAGGAAAAGUAAAAGGGGGUGUUGAUCUGGAAGGUGAGGCCGAUAAAGGAGGGAGGUUUCAAAUGCCCAAGGUUGAUCUCUCACUACCAAGAAUGAAGUUACCAGAGGGGAAGAUUAAGGUGGAAGGCCCUGAUAUCAAAGUCGGGAAAGUUGACAUGCCAUCCUUUGACAUUUCAUUACCAAAAGGAAAGGCUAAAGGAGACAUUGAAAUUGAAGGACAGUCUGGAAAAGGGGGAAAGAUUGACUUACCAAAGCUUGACAUUUCCUUGCCAAAAGUAAAACCGCCCGAGGUGGAUUUCAGUGUUGAGGGUCCAGAGAUCAAGGGUGGCAAGUUUCACAUGCCAGAUAUUGACAUCUCUCUGCCAAAAGGAAAAGUAAAAGGGGGUGUUGAUCUGGAAGGUGAGGCCGAUAAAGGAGGGAGGUUUCAAAUGCCCAAGGUUGAUCUCUCACUACCAAGAAUGAAGUUACCAGAGGGGAAGAUUAAGGUGGAAGGCCCUGAUAUCAAAGUCGGGAAAGUUGACAUGCCAUCCUUUGACAUUUCAUUACCAAAAGGAAAGGCUAAAGGAGACAUUGAAAUUGAAGGACAGUCUGGAAAAGGAGGAAAGAUUGACUUACCAAAGCUUGACAUUUCCUUGCCAAAAGUAAAACCGCCCGAGGUGGAUUUCAGUGUUGAGGGUCCAGAGAUCAAGGGUGGCAAGUUUCACAUGCCAGAUAUUGACAUCUCUCUGCCAAAAGGAAAAGUAAAAGGGGGUGUUGAUCUGGAAGGUGAGGCCGAUAAAGGAGGGAGGUUUCAAAUGCCCAAGGUUGAUCUCUCACUACCAAGAAUGAAGUUACCAGAGGGGAAGAUUAAGGUGGAAGGCCCUGAUAUCAAAGUCGGGAAAGUUGACAUGCCAUCCUUUGACAUUUCAUUACCAAAAGGAAAGGCUAAAGGAGACAUUGAAAUUGAAGGACAGUCUGGAAAAGGGGGAAAGAUUGACUUACCAAAGCUUGACAUUUCCUUGCCAAAAGUAAAACCGCCCGAGGUGGAUUUCAGUGUUGAGGGUCCAGAGAUCAAGGGUGGCAAGUUUCACAUGCCAGAUAUUGACAUCUCUCUUCCAAAAGGAAAAGUAAAAGGGGGUGUUGAUCUGGAAGGUGAGGCCGAUAGAGGAGGGAGGUUUCAAAUGCCCAAGGUUGAUCUCUCACUACCAAGAAUGAAGUUACCAGAGGGGAAGAUUAAGGUGGAAGGCCCUGAUAUCAAAGUCGGGAAAGUUGACAUGCCAUCCUUUGACAUUUCAUUACCAAAAGGAAAGGCUAAAGGAGACAUUGAAAUUGAAGGACAGUCUGGAAAAGGAGGAAAGAUUGACUUACCAAAGCUUGACAUUUCCUUGCCAAAAGUAAAACCGCCCGAGGUGGAUUUCAGUGUUGAGGGUCCAGAGAUCAAGGGUGGCAAGUUUCACAUGCCAGAUAUUGACAUCUCUCUGCCAAAAGGAAAAGUAAAAGGGGGUGUUGAUCUGGAAGGUGAGGCCGAUAAAGGAGGGAGGUUUCAAAUGCCCAAGGUUGAUCUCUCACUACCAAGAAUGAAGUUACCAGAGGGGAAGAUUAAGGUGGAAGGCCCUGAUAUCAAAGUCGGGAAAGUUGACAUGCCAUCCUUUGACAUUUCAUUACCAAAAGGAAAGGCUAAAGGAGACAUUGAAAUUGAAGGACAGUCUGGAAAAGGAGGAAAGAUUGACUUACCAAAGCUUGACAUUUCCUUGCCAAAAGUAAAACCGCCCGAGGUGGAUUUCAGUGUUGAGGGUCCAGAGAUCAAGGGUGGCAAGUUUCACAUGCCAGAUAUUGACAUCUCUCUUCCAAAAGGAAAAGUAAAAGGGGGUGUUGAUCUGGAAGGUGAGGCCGAUAGAGGAGGGAGGUUUCAAAUGCCCAAGGUUGAUCUCUCACUACCAAGAAUGAAGUUACCAGAGGGGAAGAUUAAGGUGGAAGGCCCUGAUAUCAAAGUCGGGAAAGUUGACAUGCCAUCCUUUGACAUUUCAUUACCAAAAGGAAAGGCUAAAGGAGACAUUGAAAUUGAAGGACAGUCUGGAAAAGGAGGAAAGAUUGACUUACCAAAGCUUGACAUUUCCUUGCCAAAAGUAAAACCGCCCGAGGUGGAUUUCAGUGUUGAGGGUCCAGAGAUCAAGGGUGGCAAGUUUCACAUGCCAGAUAUUGACAUCUCUCUGCCAAAAGGAAAAGUAAAAGGGGGUGUUGAUCUGGAAGGUGAGGCCGAUAAAGGAGGGAGGUUUCAAAUGCCCAAGGUUGAUCUCUCACUACCAAGAAUGAAGUUACCAGAGGGGAAGAUUAAGGUGGAAGGCCCUGAUAUCAAAGUCGGGAAAGUUGACAUGCCAUCCUUUGACAUUUCAUUACCAAAAGGAAAGGCUAAAGGAGACAUUGAAAUUGAAGGACAGUCUGGAAAAGGGGGAAAGAUUGACUUACCAAAGCUUGACAUUUCCUUGCCAAAAGUAAAACCGCCCGAGGUGGAUUUCAGUGUUGAGGGUCGAGAGAUCAAGGGUGGCAAGUUUCACAUGCCAGAUAUUGACAUCUCUCUGCCAAAAGGAAAAGUAAAAGGGGGUGUUGAUCUGGAAGGUGAGGCCGAUAAAGGAGGGAGGUUUCAAAUGCCCAAGGUUGAUCUCUCACUACCAAGAAUGAAGUUACCAGAGGGGAAGAUUAAGGUGGAAGGCCCUGAUAUCAAAGUUGGGAAAGUUGACAUGCCAUCCAUUGACAUUUCAUUACCAAAAGGAAAGGCUAAAGGAGACAUUGAAAUUGAAGGACAGUCUGGAAAAGGGGGAAAGAUUGACUUACCAAAGCUUGACAUUUCCUUGCCAAAAGUAAAACCACCCGAGGUGGAUUUCAGUGUUGAAGGUCCAGAGAUCAAGGGUGGCAAGUUUCACAUGCCAGAUAUUGACAUCUCUCUGCCAAAAGGAAAAGUAAAAGGGGGUGUUGAUCUGGAAGGUGAGGCUGAUAAAGGAGGGAGGUUUCAAAUGCCCAAGGUUGAUCUCUCACUACCAAGAAUGAAGUUACCAGAGGGGAAGAUUAAGGUGGAAGGCCCUGAUAUCAAAGUCAGGAAAGUUGACAUGCCAUCCAUUGACAUUUCAUUACCAAAAGGCAAAGUAGACAUGCCAUCCAUUGAUAUUUCAUUACCAAAAGGAAAGGCUAAAGGAGACAUUGAAAUUGACGGACAGUCUGGAAAAGGAGGAAAGAUUGACUUACCAAAGCUUGAUAUUUCCUUGCCAAAAGUAAAACCGCCCGAGGUGGAUUUCAGUGUUGAGGGUCCAGAGAUCAAGGGUGGCAAGUUUCACAUGCCAGAUAUUGACAUCUCUCUGCCAAAAGGAAAAGUAAAAGGGGGUGUUGAUCUGGAAGGUGAGGCCGAUAAAGGAGGGCGGUUUCAAAUGCCCAAGGUUGAUCUCUCACUACCAAGAAUGAAGUUACCAGAGGGGAAGAUUAAGGUGGAAGGCCCUGAUAUCAAAGUCGGGAAAGUUGACAUGCCAUCCUUUGACAUUUCAUUGCCAAAAGGAAAGGCUAAAGGAGACAUUGAAAUUGAAGGACAGUCUGGAAAAGGAGGAAAGAUUGACUUAUCAAAGCUUGACAUUUCCUUACCUAAAGUAAAACCACCUGAGAUUGAUAUCAAUGUUGACAAUCCUGAGAUCAAGGGCAGAAAGUUUCACAUUCCAGAUAUUGACAUCUCUCUGCCAAAAGGAAAAGUACAAGAGGGGUUUGAUUUUGAUGUUACUCCUGGUAAAGAGGGGGUGUUUCACAUGCCCAUGGUUGAUCUCUCACUACCAAGAAUGAAGUUACCAGAGGGGAAGAUUAAUGUUGAAGGCCCUAAUAUGAAAUUAGCGACAGUUGACAUGCCAGCCAUUGAUAUGUCAUUACCAGAACAGAUGGCUAAAGGAGAAAUUGACGUUAAAGGUCCUUCUGCAAAAGGAGGAAAGAUUGAUUUGCCAAAAAUUGACAUUUCCUUACCAAAACUAGCACCACCCAAGGUUGAUAUCAGUGGUGAAGGCCCUGAGAUCAAGGAUGGACAUUUUCAUGAACCAGAUAUUGAUAUCUCUCUGCCAAAAGGAAAAGUAAAAGGGGGUGUUGAUCUGGAAGGUGAGAUUGAUAAACGUGGAAAGUUCCAUAUGCCCAAGGUUGAAUUUUCUAUACCAAAAUUGAAAUCUCCAAAGUUUACUCCAAAUGCUGAGGAAAAAAGUGUUGGAAAAAUCACUAUGCCAGCUAUUGAUCAAUCACUUCCAAAGGGAAAAGCUGAGGACAUUGGUGAUGAAGGUGAAGGUGACAUUUCAAUGUUGGGAAAGCUACAUAUGCCUGCCCUUGAACUUUCAUUACCGAAAAUGAAAUCACCAACUACUGAGUUAAAAAUUCACGGACCAGACAUAAAUGACAUAAAUAUGCCUGAUGCCAGUGUUUCUGGAAGCACAAGUGGAAAUUUAAAAUUUACAACUGUAAAGCUACCAAGUGUUGACAUAUCAGCACCUAAGGUUGAUCUUGACUUUGGUCUUCCCAAAAAUAAAGGCACUGAUAGAGAAGAUAUUGAACUUCUCAAAGCUGAAGGCAGCAGACCAUCAUCUGGAGCAAGUUUUGACAUCCCAGAGAAGACUCUAAAAAUGCCAAAAAUUUCACUGCCUAAAUUUGGUGGAAAAUUUAAAAGUGAAGACAACCAAGUGGAAGGACGUAACUUAUCUUCUAGUUUGGAUAUGGAAAAAAAUAUGCCUUCUGUAGGGAUAAAUGCUGAUGGAAAAAUAAAAGGCAAAAUAAAGAAGCUAAAACCUGAAGGAGAUGUGAGCAUCUCACUUGAUAUGGGGGCAGAGGGCAAGGAGCAUUUUAAGGCUCCAACAUUAGAUACAAAGGCAAAGGUCAAAAUGCCCUCAGUUGAGAUAUCCCUGCCAGCUCCAUACAUACCAGAGAGAGAGGCAUUGCUGCCAAAAUCUGAGAUUGAUGUAUCUGAGGCUGAUAUCCAGGUUUAUGAGGGUAGUUUAAAAAUCCCAAAGAUGCCAACUAUUGAUAUAUCAGUACCAAAAGUAGAUUUGGAUGUUGUCAUACCAAAAGUAAAACAAGAUGUAUUAGUUGAAUCCACCUCUUCAAAUCUCAACAUUGAAAGAGAUAACCUAACGUUACCACAUAUCAAAAUGCCAAAUGUUGAUAUUUUACUACCUCAAGGCAGAACAGGAGGGAUUGACACACCAGAAGUAGAAGUGGAAGGCAAAUAUGGCAAAUUCAAGAUGGCAAAAAUUACAAUGCCAGCAGUGGAAAUUUCAUUACCACAUGGAAAAACAGAUGUGGAUUCUUCAGAUUUGGACAUCAACAUAAACAGUGAGAAACUUAAGAUAUCUGAUGUUAAAGUCCCCAACAUGGAAAUUUCAGUACCCCACAGUAGAGUUGACAUUAAACCUCCAGAUUUCAAAACAGAAGGACAAAAUGCAAAGUUCAAGUUGCCAAAUAUUACUAAGACAACUGUGGAUAUAUCCCUGCCAAAAGGGAAAGAAGGAGAAAUUCAAGUUCAAGAAAUGGACAUAGAAGGAUGGCAAAAAUUAAAUAUUUCAACAAUAGAUACACAGGGCCCACAGAAACAUCUUGAACUGGAUAUCAGAUCAUCAAAAGAUGGUAAAAAUGAAAAAAAGUUUGAGCUUCCCAAUAUUGACCUCAGCCCCUUGGCAUCAACGGAGAAAGUCAAGGGGCCAAAAGUAAAAGGUACGAAGUUCAAUAUUGGAAUGCCUAAAGUUAAAACUUCUACAUUGGAGACAGAUAUAGUUAAGUCUAGUAUUGUGAAUGCAGGUCAACCUUUAUCCUCAAACCUCUCUAAUAUUAAAUUUCCUGAAGUAGAGAUCUUUGAAUCUAAUGUAAAGAGCAAAUGCCAAGGAAAAUUGAUAUCUACAGAAUGUACCCCUGCAGAUGCUGGUUCAAGUAAUUGGCUCUCACUGCCUAAUACUGAAAUAAAAGCCCCAGAGUUAGACUUUGGGACUGUUCAAGAUAACACUAGUAAUGAUAAAAUGAAUACAAAGACAGGUACCAUGGCCAAAAUACCAACGUUUGAUGUGUCUCUGCCUUCUCUAACUUCACCUGAAGCCAAAGUCAACAUUAAAUCACCAAAAGGAUCUUCUAUGACCCCAAAUCCUGAAGUACAGUAUGAGGGCCCUCAUAUCCCUAAAGUAACAAAAGCAGUUUUUGUUUUGGCUAAUUCCCAAACAGAAAGCUAUGUUAAUGUAACUAGCAAAGCAAGUGCAGAGACUGUAGAUAAGAAAAUUAAAGUGCCAAAAAUCAUAAAGAAGCCAAGUUUUGAAAAGUCACAUUCAAAAGGUAAAGGAACCAAUUCUGAGGAGGGGGAGGAAAAUGAUGAAGCGUUAAAAACAGGAGCAGUUAGGUUGCCCAAACUUGAGUUUUCUUCACUAUACCCAAAAAAUGUGGGAGAAGAGGAGAAAUUGGAGAUGGGCAUGGAACCUGAGAAUAAAGGUAGCACAGAAGUUAGCAAAGGCACAAAAGCCAAAUCAGGAAAAAUAUCAUUUCCGGGUUUCAAGAAGAAAUCUGUAAAAGGUGAUGACGAGAGUGAAAAUGACUGUAUAGAGUCCUCAAAAGCCAGACUGGAAAUGUUAACAGAAAAGCAAGGAUCUGAGUCUCCAGUACCAAAUAUUUCAACUGACUCUGUCUCAGGAAAGACCAGUGGACAAAAAGAGGGUGGAUCCAAAGAAGAUGUUGGAAGCAGGCAGGAAGCAGAAGAAAAAGAGAAGACAACUUGGUUUAAGAUCCCCAAGGUCACUCUUACCCCCCAUUCCACUGGCACCCUGCAGAUCACACCAGAGGGAUCUCCAAAGGAAAGCAAGUCAUCUUUACAGUACUCUAGUGAAGAGAUUUCUGGAGGUUUCUAUAGGAGAAUGCCAAAUACUGAAUUUUCCACUCAGGAGGUUUCUUCAAAACACACAGUCACCACAACAAAAGAAGGGACUUUCACUGUGGUAACCAAGACUUCAAAAUAUAAAGUAACAGAAUCAGCAAGUAGCAGCUCAACUACACAUUGGAAUCAGUAAAAUAGAGGUAAAUCUAGAGAGUAAAUCUGGGUAUAGUGGAAUAUUUUUAUAUUGUUGUUGCCUUUUCAGUGCUAUGCAGAAUGAAUGCAUUUACAUAAAUACAAUCACUAUUUAAUGUAGCGCACAUUUAAUUAUGUAUACUUGCACUGACCAUUCAAUAUUAUUCUUUAUGUAGAUAAUUACUGUUUCUUUAAAUAGAUUAUUAGUACUACUUCUAUGACCUGCAAGUCAUGCAUUAGAUCACAUAAACACAUAUACAAGGUGAGUGGAAUUUGAGGUAGAAUUUUGAGAAGUAUUAUUUUUAUUGGACUCAUCAUAGUUUUUGAAGCUUCAUAUGUUGCUAUUAACUUUUUUUGUUGUUGUUGUUGAAGCUGAACAUAUGUUUUCUCUUACAUAAGAGGAAAAAAAAAUAUUUUUUCCAUACAUAACUCCUAAACUGUAGAAGAAGAAACUGUAUAUAUUUAUAUAUUUUUUAAAAUAAAAAUCAUUUUUAGUGCCAUGUAUCGAUUUAACAUUGAAAUUUUAAAGAAAAAUAUAAUAUAAUAUAAUAUAAUAUAAUAUAAUAUAAUAUAAUGACUUUUUGUAAUAUUUAAAUGCAUUAAAAUGUGACACAGUGUACAAUGAUGAUGUUUCUGUGUGGGACUGGUUUGUGUUCUUGAUUUGAAGUGUCUGAGUGUGCAUUGUGAAAUUCUUUGGCUCAUCAUUUUUCAUUUAAUCAUGACCUGAAGAUGAAAUUAGUAUAAAAUGAAGGUAGCAUUAUUACUGUAUAGUUUUUAGCAUGUCCUAUACAUUUCAUUUUUAAAGCACAAUUUCUCCGCUGGAUGAAGUAUUAAAUAAAAUAUUCUACCUGUUCUUUCA